AUGAAAGAGAAACGUACACGAGGCCAAAACUUUUCCGCCCAAGAAGAAGACUUCCUGGUGUCAUUGAUAGAAAACCAUAUAGAAAUAAUCGAGACGAAAAAAUUGGAUGGCUAUACCAGUAAACAAAAAAAUGAAGCAUGGGAAAGCAUCCAACAAGAAUUUAGCAAUCAGACGGACACUUACCGGACGGCAAAGAUGUUACGGGAGAAAUAUGAAAACAUGAAAAAGAAGGCUAAACUAAUAAUGGCAUCACAAAAGCGCGGAGAUUAUCUGGAGAAUGGUGAAGCAUCUUGCAGUUGUUCACAAGUUCGUUCGGUUGCCAUAAAUCGUUUAGUUGAUUUAUUAGCCAUGGGUGCCUCUUCAAUGGAGCACAGUUUUGAGGGGAAUAGUAAUGAAAUAAUAACUAAUGAAGUUGUCAAGCGUAAGGUAAACAAAGUUAAAUGUAAAACUGAAGUGUUAGAUGAUGAAGUUGAGGAUGAUACGCACCAAUAUGAACCCAUAGUACAAUUGACACAUACACCUGAAAAACAACUAACACCGCCUACAAAUUGUCCAACAUUUUCCACAAACUCCAAAAGAUCACCCGAACAAAGUGUGGUGGUCAAAAAUUGCAGGGCUUCAAAUUGUGAUGCGUCUGAUGUAAGAGCGUCUAAAGCCCAGAAAACUUUCUAUAGAAAUGAGGAAAAACGUGCUGCCGAACGUCAUUUAUGGGAAAAAGAGUUGAAUGCAAAACGACAAAUGUGGGAGGAGGAGUUGAAGAACAAAAAAAUUGAGUUAUUAAAUCUACAAAUUGAAAAGGCAAGAUAUGAGACGCAAACGGUUGUUACUAGCAAUGGUUAUAAUCAACUAUCCGGUUAUACGCUACCUAAGGAGUCUAGUCUCCACAAACCAAAGAUUGUUGCUGUAUCAUCGGAAAGUUUUCCCUGGCAGGAAUCUGCGCCAGCAACGGAAAUGUCGCAACAACAACAACAACCAUAUCUAUAG